GUGAAAAAGCACAAAGUGAUUAUAGUGGGACUGGACAAUGCAGGGAAAACUACCAUUCUUUAUCAGUUCUUAAUGAAUGAAGUGGUUCAUACAUCUCCAACCAUAGGAAGCAAUGUUGAAGAAAUAGUUGUGAAGAACACUCAUUUUCUUAUGUGGGACAUUGGUGGUCAAGAGUCACUGCGGUCAUCCUGGAACACGUAUUACUCAAACACAGAGUUCAUCAUUCUUGUUGUUGAUAGCAUUGACAGGGAACGACUAGCUAUUACGAAAGAAGAAUUAUACAGAAUGUUGGCUCAUGAGGAUUUAAGGAAGGCUGCAGUCCUUAUCUUUGCAAAUAAACAGGAUAUGAAAGGGUGUAUGACAGCAGCUGAAAUAUCCAAAUACCUCACCCUUAGUUCAAUUAAGGACCACCCAUGGCACAUUCAGUCCUGCUGUGCUUUAACAGGGGAAGGGUUAUGCCAAGGUCUAGAGUGGAUGACCUCCAGAAUUGGUGUGAGAUAACUGUUUUGCUUGAAAGAGACUGCUCUAUUUAUUCUGUGACAUGAACAUUUUUUCCUAGUAUCUUUGGCUGCUAAGGCAGCAGCAUGUUUAAUUUAUAACAACACAAACCUCUAUGAGCAACACUUGAAUCAAGUGCAGCUGAACUGGAACGUGGAAGAUUUUUUCUUAACUUUUUUUUUAAUGCACUAAUCUUCAGUUGGAUGAACACUAAUGUAUAACUGUGUUUUCAGCAACAGAACUUUUCUGACUGCUUAUUCUAAUUAUUCAAUGACUGCCUUGUAAGAAAUGUUUGUCAUAUGUCUAAUGUUUCCCGAAGUAUUGUAAUGACUUUAAUGACCAAGUUCUCUCAUUUCUUGACCACCCCUCCCCCACCAGAUAAUGACUGGUUUGACAAAGUAUUAGAUGAAAUCAUUGGGUACUGCUUGCAAACUUAACCAGCACUAAGUAUUUGCUCCCUCUAUAAACCACUUACUUUUUGGACAGAAUUUAUAGAGAAAGAAAUCUGCCUAGAAGAUAUAUUUGAGGAAGAUUAAACAACAUGAAAAUUGACUUUAAAUGAGUUAACUCCUCUACAUCAUUGAAAGUCAUGGAAUAAUUUUAAGUUACUGUUAGCAUGGGAAUUAUGUAGGCUAUUAUCUAAAAGAAUUAAGUCCACAUUUCUGCCUAUAACAUGGCAUUUGUUUUGGUUAAAAACUAAUCAAGGUAAAAUAUUUGUUUAAAUACCCUUCUGUGGAUAAACAUGGUAUUUUAAGAAUGCGCAUUAUUCAAUGCAUAUAUAAAUAUUGGUAGUUAUUAAAGCAUACCAGCAUUAAUAUUAAAACCAGCCACUUGGAAUAUAUUUUAUUACCAAUUAUCAACAACUUUAUCAGCCUAAAGUUCAACUAUUCCAUUUGCAAGGGACAUCCCAUCUCCUUUGGGCAAAGCUAAAUCAGAAUAUAAAGAGUUCAUUUUAUUUGUUAAAAUUUGAAAUUGUGUCUGUAAUAUUCUUACUACCACCAGCAGUAUAUUACUUAAAAAAACUAUAUGGCUUUUCUUAUAUCUAUUUGAGGUUGUAGUAAUAAGCUUGAAACAAUUUUCAUCUUUAUUGUUAUGCCUCUUGCUCAAAAGUCUUUUGCUGGAGUAUAGGAAAACUGCUAAAUUUAAUCCUAGCUUUUAGAAUAGUAUUAUGAGACUCAAAGUUAAUACACUAACAACUUAUAAAUUUAAAAAAUAGGAAAAAAGUCAUAACUAUCAAAAGUCUGUUUAUUUGAUAAUAUUUAAAAGUUUUCAAGGCAGUUGUCUAAUAUGAACAGUAAAUAAUGCAUACCUUGAGGAGGACAGGUAUGGUAAUUUUAAUCCUCUUUAUCUUAAAUGUAUGAUUUUGCUAUAAUGAAAGGGAUAAAAUACAUACUUAGAGAAUAAUAAUACAUCUUUGCAGUAUUUUUUUUUCAUUUGGGUCAAAAAUAGGAUUCAGUGUUCUUAAGAAUAUCAAAAUACCUAUUCAAAAAUGGUAUUUUAAUUCUAUUUUUUUAUUGUAAGUUGGUUUAAAUUUUGCUGUUUUCAGGUAUAUUUGAUUUAUUCUAUUUAGUCUAAUUAAUAUGUAGUUGAAUGUGGUAAUAAUUUUCUGAUUUCUUUUUAGUGGUAGCACACACUAGAACUGAAAAAUGGCUAGAUGAAAGCUUUUGGGACUUUGGGAACUAGUUGUUAUUAACAUUGUUUUGAACCUUUUUCUUAGUGAUUUCAUAGCAAGUAGAGGAUAACUUUUCUUUUUAAUAUAACCCAUAAUCAGGAACCUGAGAGAAGAGUAGACAUAUCAAUGUGGAUGCUUUGUGGUGUGUAUGUGGCAGUGAAACUAAGAGAUUAUGAAAAUACUAUUUACCCAAAGCACACUUACCAAAUUUUUCUCUUGGUUAGACAAUUUAGCUACAAAUACUGAGUAUAGUUUUCCUAACUCUAUCCUGAGAAAAAACAUUAAUACUCCUUGUUUAUACUUUGAAAUUUGUCUUAUAUCUAACAAGAUUGGCUGGCUCAAUUUUCACUUACCAAAUUAUAUGUUUAUUUUUUUCUUUAUAUUACCAUGUCAGCAUUAUAUUGAAAGUGAACAACUACUAGUAUAGAUUCAAGUUUGCUAUUUAAUUUUUAAAAUACAAUUUAUUUUAUUUUCUGAAUCCUUUUAAAAAACAUUUUGUUUUGGAUUAGAAAUAAUUUAUGUUAGCUGUGUGUUGACAAUGAAAUGGCAUUCAACUAGAUUUUGUGCCGAUUGGGAAUUUAAAUUAAGAAACUAAUGUAAGACUUUUUAAAAGUAUAUUGUAGGUCCUAAAUAGAUAUUUCCUGUUACAGUAAUAUAAAAACUGAUUACCUUUUACUCCAAGAGAAUGUUUUGACCCAAGCAUGUAUCUAAUGCUAAAGCAUUGAUUCUGACAUUCAUUGUAAAUCAACAAACUCUAGGAUAUUGUCUGAUGAAAAAUGUAAAUUUGUGAUUAGUGCCUAUGUUCAUAUUUUAAGAUGAGUUUUCAAUUUUGUACUAUACCUUUUCUUUGGAAAUCAAGUUAGCAGCUAAUUAACAGUGAUAUUAUCGGAGUUUUUAUCCUACCCAUCAACCCCUCAAUUGCCUAGCAAAGUUUCUAGUAGAUAGUGGAAAGCAAGGGACCUACCAACAUUAGUUUAGGGAAGUUAUUGUACAUUUUGUUUUUAAUUUGAGUGUAAAGAAACAAUGUUGUCUUUUAAAUAUGCUGUAACUAAAAUGUAAUUGCUACCCUAACAAGUCCAAAUAUGGUACUUUUCUUAAUUUUGAGCAUGUUGUGUUCAUAUUUAGCCCCAUCUCUCUUAUUGAAACCUUUUUGAGAACUCUUUUAGAAUUACAGGCCCUUUUAUAUGGGAUUAUACUGCAUAUUUUAUAUUGUUAGUGUAAUUUAAUUUUUUAUAAUCUGAAAUAAUAUAUAUCUAUAAUCUAUUGAAAAGCUCAUUAAAUACAUAACUUUUGCUUUUAGGUUCUGUAUUAGUGUGCUUAAAGGUCUAAUUUUAUUCUAUGUUCAUUGGAAGAAAGAUAAGAAAUUCAAGUUUUUUUUUUAACAAAUUCAAGUUUUAGUGUUAAAAAUAAUUUUUACACAUGCAUGACCCCUAUAGCCAUAGUCAUUUUCAUUAAGCAUAAGUUAACUUUCACUAUUUAUAACAUAAAGAGAAAAAAUACAUUUCUUUUCCUAUGGAAACAGUGAAUGAUAUAGGCAGCAGGCAUACAAUAUUUUCUGAAGAGUUAUGGGGAGUCACAAAGCAAAUACAAUUUUAAAGAAAAUAAAAUACUGAAGAAAAAUUUUUGGUAUGGUGAAAAAAAAAUGUACUGUUGUUAUGCAUAUAGAGAUGGUGAAUUCCAUUGACAUUUAUAUUUGAAGACCAGCUUCAUGAAUCUGACUUUUCAUCUGUGGCUUUGGAUCCAAAACAUUUCACAUCCUUUAUAUUUUGUUAGGGUAAAGUCAUCUCAAGAUACGGUAUGGUAAGGAAAGAAAAACAAAAUGAUGUAUAGCAUGAUAAUCUGUAUCUAGUAGAAUAUUUUGCUAGCUAGCUAAAGGAUGGAUUUGAAUCUUAGUUUGGCCAUUACUUGUCUAGUUCACCUUCAGCAAUUACUGUUUGUGCCCUCCCUAUUGUUUUUCAUAUACCCAGGAACUUAGCGCUAGAACUCCAACAUGUCUUUUGAUUUUAAAAUACUGAAUCUUCAUUUGCUACAUUAAAAUUGAAAAACCAAAAAAAAAAAUACAUGUAAUGUGAAAUUAAAUUCAUUUUAAUCUAUUAUUUUAUUCCCACCUUCUAAUUUCAUUUAGUAUAUGAAUACAAUCGAAUAAGAAAAUAAAUUUCAACUAGUAACUGCUAAUCAACUUAAAUUGAGCUAAUAACAAUGCAAAAGAGAAAAUAAGCCAUAUUGCUAAGAGCAUGCUAGUAAGCUGCUUAGGAAACAACAUAUUCUGCUGGUAAUACUCUCUUCUUGAAAAUGCCUUGCUUUCUUGGCUUUUACUAAUUUAAUUAGAAGGGGUUAGUUUAUUCAGAGUUUAUUGGCCUCAUGCCAUCUCAAACUGCAGUUCUGUUUGACUUUCUAGCAUUGAAAGGAUAGUGCAGCCAGAAUGUCAAUAUUUUACAAACAUUAAAUUUAUUUAGCAUUACUGAAGACUGAAAUCCAAAAGUCAGGUUCCCAAGAAGUAUUUUUUAAGAGUACUAGGUGGCCAAAACUAAAUAGAGAAGGCGAAUAAUAAAACAAAAUAAUACAACUAUAUUUAAGGUAGAAAAAUUACUGUAGUCAGCAGACCUAAAUUCAGCUUUAAAUGUAUAUAGUUUGGGGAAAUGUUAAUUGAGAGGUAUAGAGGCAUACCUAGAAA